AUGCGGACCCGCUCCGAGUGGUUCCUGCAACCGGCCGCGUCGCUGGACGCGAGCCGCUCGCGCGCCGGUACGCCGCCCGCGCCCGCCCCCGCGCCCGCUCCCGCCCCCGUCCCGCCCAUCACGGCGGCCGCGGCGUGCGCGCGGGAGGCGCGCGACGAGAGCACCGCUCUCUACGUGCUUGUGGCCUGCCUAGAGUUCUUGUUU